AUGACUCAYYUACUUCAUAAUCCUAAGUACUUAUGCGAAAUUUUUCCUGCAAGACGAGACGCUAUCCUAACAAAAGAAGCAUGGGCCAGCGCCCAUUAUAUUCCAUGGGAUAUUAAUUUAUAUCUACAAAAACUCCAAACGAACCGAAGCUAUGAUUAUGUUCCACAUAACCAGCAAUACGUUCAUAAGUCUGAAGUGAAAAACAUUUACAUUAAUACAAGAUAUUUGGGACUAAAAGGAAAUUUGACUGCGGACAUUGCAAUCUUGGAAACUGAAACGCYUUUUGUAUUCUCAGAUUUCUUAUUACCAAUCUGUUUAGACGAUACUUUUAUUGAGGAUGGAAUAAAUAGAAUAGAACAAUUUGGUAGAGGCGUUUCUGGACAAAAUAGUUUUUAUCUACAACACGCAUCAUUUCUUUAUCUUCCGCUAAAUCAAUGCAAUUCUUCAAAUAAUGCCAUGAAAUCUGAUAAAUACAAGUAAUGGGAUAAAUUUUGCGUUGGUCUUA